GCAGGAAUCAGCUGAUGUUUCACCAUUCAAUUCAAAAUUAAAAGCCGGCAUAAGCAUAAUUUGAUUUGCUUUAAGAAUAAUGGAUAAUUUUCAAUUACAAGAUGAAGUGCAAGCAUUACAAAAGUUGAGCGAACACUACGAGCAUCAAUUGCGGCUAGUGGGACUUGAACUUUGUGACCUGCCCGAUGAUAUUAGUUCUAUGUUGGGAGAGUGUGCGGAACUUCAAAAAGCGACGCAGCUGCACGACCUUCAUUUAGAAUACCUCAAAGAAUUCUAUUACACGAAGAUGAAAGAACAUUUAGAAAACACUUUAACCAUAGGAAAGAUGCAAUCGGAAAUAAAGGAACAGGAACAACAUUUGCAGAAGGAAAUAACGGAAUGCAACGUGCUUGAAAAAUUUACUACAUCGGUUAAUAAGCGCUUAAUUUCCGAAUCUGAAAUGCAACGUAAUAAAAUAAUUAUCGAGGGAAAAAUACAAAACUUGCAGGAGAGACAGGGUGGCUUCAAUAUUCCCGAUGAUCUGAACAUAGAUGAACUGGUAAAGAAAGUCGAAAGGUUGGAGAAAUCCAAAUCAAAAGAAAAAUAAUAUAUUUUAAAAAAAAAUUCAAAUGGGUUUGUCUCAACCGUAAAUAAAUAUAAGUCUAGCAGUUAAAAGUUUGGAGAAGUACUAUUGAACCCUUUGAUUAAAGCAAAAAAGUAAAUAUUUAAAAUUUAGUUUUUAAAAAUAUCAUUGUUAGCAAAAUAAACAGCUGCCAAAAAUUCACUGAGAAC